AUGUUCAACAGAGGAGAUUUCGGCAGAGGAAGCUCUGGUAGAGGUCGAGAAGAUGAGAAGGAUGACAGUGUGGGCAGCGGAAGUAGCAGGGGUAGUCGUUGGGGGAGAGCCAGAGGCAGAGGCAGAGGCAGAGGCAGCAGCGGAUCUGGGAAUCCGGAAGAUACUAACAACCCGCCCGUCGCCAGCCCGGCGACUUUCACCUUCCCCAAUCCGAGUGCCCCAUCCUUCACUCCGUCUCACACCUUCGGUGGUGAACCAACAGCCACGUUCACCCAGAAUCUUCCGACACAUUUGCGAGGACCAGAGAUCACGACCGAAGCAGUCCCAUUCGACUCUCAGCAAGUCUUCGACAACAUCAACGAGCAUGUGAAGCCUACCCGGCCGGGCAAGACGUUGAGCGAUGCUGAUGUGGACAACGUCAAGAAGGAUCUCGGCUUGCGUGUUGCUUUCGCUAAGCCCUCACCCGGCCACAGAGAGAUCAAGGUUGCGACCAACUACUUCAAGCUUAACGUCCCGGAGCGACUUUAUGUUUACGUGGUUGAGAUGUUCCGUGACUUCACGCUGACAUAUUCGUCCAUCAUGGUGUAG